AUGAGGGUCUUCUCUCUUUUCGGCGCUCUAUCGGCAAUCCUGUCGUGCACGGUGGGCGUCUCCGCAUCUGACCCUGACCCGAUUGGCACGAUCUACGAUGGCCAUGUCCCAGCCAAUUUAUACGGCUCUAACUAUACCUAUCCGUGGCCGGUGAAGAUUUUCAAAUUCUUCAACCAGCAUCAGCAUCUGGAGAUGGCGUUCAUGGACGUUCCGGCCGAGCGCGACACUGAUAAGGAAAAGACAGCAGUCUUGCUGCAUGGCGGUAACUUUUGCGGAGUUACUUGGUCCGACACGGCGCGUCAGCUAUCUGCCGACGGCUACCGAGUGAUCCUGCCCGACGACAUCGGCUUCUGCAAGUCGAGCAAACCGCAAGGGUAUUCCUAUAACGUGCAGCAACAGGCGGAGAAUAUCAACAGCCUGCUGACUGCACUGGACAUCGAUGAAGUCACCGUCAUUGGUCAUUCCAUGGGUGGUAUGAUUGCUGCCCGCUACGGCCUCAUGUACCCGGACACCGUCCAGCAGCUUAUACUUGUUGAUCCACUGGGCUUGGAGGACUGGGUAGCCAAGGGUGUGCCUUACCUGGCCAUUGACGCAACGUACGAGUCUCAGGUCGUGCAGAAUUUCACCACUCUCAAGGCGUAUGAGCAGGCCAGUUACUUUUAUAAUUCUACUUGGGAGCCUGCUUACGACACUUGGGUGGAUAUGCUUGCCAACAUCUAUGCAAGCGACUAUGGCUCAGAAUACGCUUAUGUGAUGAGUCUCGUCACUGAUGCGCUACUAAGUCAGCCUAUUAUCUACCAGCUUCCUCUCCUGAAGACACGCACCUAUCUAAUGGUAGGCGAGAACGAUGUGACCGCGCUUGGGAAAGCAUGGUCAUCUUCAGCCGUGGCUGCAACUCUGGGUCAUUAUUCUGUCCUUGGACCGGCUGCCGCGGCCCUGAUCCCCAAUUGCACAUUCCAUAUGUUCCCUGGUCUAGGCCAUGCCCCGUUCCUCCAAGAUCCCCAGGGAUUCUACAAUGUGCUUUUCUCCUGGUUAGAAUAA